AUGGAUGACAAAGAGCUGGACGCCGAUCGGUGCUACGACAAGUGGGUCUAUUCAUACUGGUCUCUGUUGGAAAGGAACAACAUGAUGUCAUUCCAUACCAAACAUCCCAAGGCGGCUGUGAAGGCGCUGGUGGAAGGGCUUCGCCCACCCGCGCUCAAGGCAGUCAUUAAGAGCCACCUUGAUUUGGACCAGAAGCACCUUCGCAAUUCAGUGCUCCAGUUCAUGGCGUAUGUCAAGGUCAAGCUGGUUGCCCAACUUGAGUUCACGCGGGCCGCCAAGGUGUCAGGGAUUGUAAAGACUUUGGGAGAUCAAUCGUCCCGGGCCGGCUCUCUUGCACCAAGGAAUGUCAAGGCCUUGAAGAAGGCGCCAAGUUGUUGGGCAUGUCGCGGAAAUCACAGGAUUGAAGCCUGUGCUGAAGUCUCUGAUGCUGAGAAGAAAGCGAUCCGUGACAAGCGGAAGGGUGAAUGA